AUGGCUAUUUCUGUACGGUCUAUCAAGGCCUGUCUGCGUCUGCCUACUGUGGCUGUCUGUGUCUGGCCUAUCGUGGCUAUUUAUGUAUGGUCUAUCGAGGCCUGUCUUUGUCUGGCUAUCAUGGCUAUUUUUCUGUACGGUCUAUCGAGGCUGUCUGUGUUCUGCCUAUCAUGGCUAUUCUGUAUGGUCUAUCGAGGCCUGUCUGCGUCUGCCUAUCGUGGCUGUCUGCGUCUGGCCUAUCGUGGCUAUUUCUGUUGGUCUAUUGAGGCCUGUCUGUGUCUGCCUAUCGUGGCUGUCUGCGUGAGGCCUAUCGUGGCUAUUUAUGUUGGUCUAUCGGGGCCUGUCUGUGUCUGCCUAUCGUGGCUGUCUGCGUCUGGCCUAUCGUGGCUAUUUAUGUACGGUCUAUUGGGGCCUGUCUGUGUCUGCCUAUUGUGGCUGUCUGCGUCUGGCCUAUCGGGCUAUUUAUGUUCGGCCAAUUGGGGCCUGUCCGCGUUUGCCUAUCGUGGCUGUCUGCGUCUGGCCUAUCGUGGCUAUUUAUGUUCGGCCUAUCGAGGCCUGUCUGUGUCUGCCUAUCGUGGCAUUUCUGUUGGUCUAUCGAGGCCUGUCUGUGUCUGCCUAUCGUGGCAUUUCUGUUGGUCUAUCGAGGCCUGUCUGUGUCUGCCUAUCGUGGCAUUUCUGUUGGUCUAUCGAGGCCUGUCUGUGUCUGCCUAUCGUGGCAUUUCUGUUGGUCUAUCGAGGCCUGUCUGUGUCUGCCUAUCGUGGCAUUUCUGUUGGUCUAUCGAGGCCUGUCUGUGUCUGCCUAUCGUGGCAUUUCUGUUGGUCUAUCGAGGCCUGUCUUUGUCUGCCUAUCGUGGCUAUUUCUGUUGGUCUAACGAGGCCUGUCCGUGCCUGCCUAUCGUGGCUGUCUGUGUCCUGCCUAUCGUUGCUGUCUGUGUCUGGCCUAUUUCUGUAAAACUUAAGAAGUUUAAUCUAACGUCAUUAUACUGGUCAUGCUAACUCUCUUUCUAUUUCUUCCAGGAACCUUAGGAUUCACAACUGAUGCCAACGCGACAACAACCUCCACCCUCCCCACCACCACCAGGAUGGUCCUGUCCUUACCUUCCAGGGGGGGUCUGCUGCGCCCCUGCCUUCGUCUUCAGGCAGGAAAUGCAGAUUCGCUACCCUCGGAUUACGAACCAUGGACGGGGCCUUCCGCCAAAGAAAUUUAUAAUUGUGCUCGCUGAGCUGUCAAUAAAUGUAUGCUUCGUACA